AUGGACUUUCUCAAGGCAGAGAUCGCCAACAAGCGCAAGGCGAGCGAGGUCGCAUCGUCUUCAGCGAGCACCUCGGCCGCUGCUGCGCCGCCAUCGAAGUACAUGCGCAGAGGCGACAUCGAAAAGCUGCGAGAACAGGAGCGAUCCGCGUCACCGUCGUCCUCAUCCACGUCGAACAAGCGAUUCAAACCGAGUCAGUCAGAUGCACCGUCCCCAUCAAGUCCAGGACCAUCUGGGCUGAAUUCGGCAACCAGAGCGGUGCUGGAGACGGCAGCAGGCGAGGUGGAACGGGAAAAGUUCAACGUGUCCAACGAUGAGGCUGUGCGUCGAUUGCGGGCCAAGGGCGAACCCAUCCGGCUGUUCGGCGAAACAGAUAAAGAGCGCCGACUGCGCUUGAGAGCACUCGAGCUGAUCGAGGAGAAGGGAGGAGGUGUGCUGGGUCAGAACGACUUUCGUACGGCAUUGCAGAGCGCGGAGAGCGCGACGGCGCUGGAGCUGUUAGAGAAGCGCAAUGCGGCGAGCAAGGGCAAGGCGGAACAGGCGAGACUGGACGGAUUGCAGCAGGAUGAGGCGACAAAGACCGCACUCGGCGAUAUCGAAGCAUCAGCACCGGAGGACGCAGAAGCAAAGGUCGACGAUGCAGCAGACACCAAACCCACUUCUCGGCAAGGCGUGGGCAUGGACAGCGUCCUCGACCUCGGCCUCAUCAAGACCGACAUCGACCGCGUCUACCCCAUCAUCUACUACACCCUCAAAGGUCUACUCCAAGAAUGGGCCGACACGCUCUCGACCCGCCCCGACUCGGUCAAGCACACAAUGCAGGGCAAGCUUGCCGCCGCCACCCAGGUGCAAUCCGCCGACUACCUCAAGCCGCUCUUCAAGAAACUACGCAAACGGUCCCUCACACCGGAUGUGCUGAUGCGCAUCGCCGAGAUCGUACACUUCAUGCAGAGGAGAAGGUACAGAGAUGCGAACGACUCGUAUCUGCAGCUCAGCAUCGGGAAUGCCCCCUGGCCUAUCGGGGUCACGAUGGUGGGUAUCCACGAGAGGAGCGGGAGAGAGAAGAUUUUCAGCAGCAACGUGGCUCACGUGCUCAACGACGAGGUCAGCAGGAAGUACAUCCAGAGCUUGAAGCGGCUGAUGACGUUUGCACAGACAAAGUACCCGCCCGAGGAUAUCAGUAUGAUGAUGGGGUAG